UCCGCGCAUACCGGUAUUGAAUGGAUUAUUUACGUCUAAACGGCCGUUAUGCGAUAAAAUUAUAUUAUUCACUUAAUUAUCAAAUAUUUUAUAUCUAGGAUCUGUGUUACAAAGUUUUCCUACCAAUCAUAAUCACAAAGAAUAAAUAAAACUAAUAUAAUGUCGUAUAACCUAUAAAUAUAUUAACUGUUGACAUAAAAUCUAAUAUAAAAAUACAAAAAAAUAACGAUAUGCAAAAAUUACAAGACAGCGUUUUUUCUAUCUUAAAAACUACUAGUUUAUCUCCAGCUGUGUUUAGUUUUCUACAACCUACUGAUGAUGCCACAGAAAGUUCACCUCUGGGAGGUAUAUUACGAGACACGAAGCACGGCUGGCUGGCACUGGGACCCAAGUUUUGUGUGGUGGAUCUAAGAAGUGGAUUAAAGGUAGCAGCAAAGAUUUUUGGAAAUGGUUCAAGCAACAUCUCCAUCACCAGUGUCAUAGAGCUGCCAAAAACCUUAACACACAACUCCAAACAGCUAGUCAUUAGUCUCGAGUGUGAUGAUAGUGGACUCAUUUGCAUAUUACAUAUAAAUGGAUCUCAAAUCUUGCGCUGUAUCCAAUCAGAUAUCAUCAUCACUGAGCUGGCCUUGUGUGAUGAUGUGUCUAGUGGCCCGUUUACUUGUUUUGAUGGGCUAAUAAUGGCUGGUACGCAGAGAGGAGAAAUUUUCGUGAUUGACCUAAAUAGAAGUGCCCUUUUGCAAGCAUUGAAAGAUAUAGCCCAAGGCAACGCUCAUCUAGUAAAAACCGAAACAGACCCUGCGACAUUAGUGCACAUUUCAUUAAAAGUAUUACAUAAGAUUGAACAGCAAGGCGAAUUACCAGCUAGCAAUGAUGAGCAUUUAGCUGUACUACUGAACGAAGACUCGUUCAUAGAUAAUCAAUACAUAUUCAGAAACCCGGAUGGUACAGCUCGAAUGAAAGCAAAACAAGAUCAUGUAAGAGUAACUGUAGUGCAAUAUAUACCGCAGUUAGGCAGUUUGGCUGUGGGCUUCAAUUUUGGAGCGUUUCAACUGUGGAACAUUCUAGACUUGGCUUUAGAGUUCACUUCUCAAGUUAAUGUGGAAUGUUUGCCGGUUACAGACUUUGGCUUUCAGGAACCAUGUGACGAUCCUAGAGCAUUUUGUUACUUAUGGGUCGUUUUCUCAGUAACAGACAGGUUUGAAGAACAAGAGUUUCCACUGGCUGUUAUGUAUUCGCUAACAUAUCAAGGCAAGAGGAUGUUAGUGGAUAAUAAGUGCUUGUAUCAGGAAUUUUCAACGGCUACAGUGCGUUUUCAAGUGGAAUUAGGGUCCAUGGACCACCCACAUCUCAUGGGUGGUAGAUGCAUUUCUUGUCACACAUAUUCCAUUAAUACUAUGUUGGGAGAUGAAGGGGAAGAAGCGAUGUUAAAUCUAUGUCAACUGGUCUGGGAGUGCUGGGGCGAAACGACUACAUCGUCUCACUAUGGAAUGUUAUUGUUUGAUCUGGACCAGUGGUAUAAAGACCAGAUGCCAGCAACAUACCAACUCCAAAGCAACACAUUCAUGAGUACAGCGUGGUGUUCAGAGCUCGGCAGAGGAUGUUUAUCACUCGAUAUGAGAUUAGAUCCAGUAUCUCUAUCGCCAUAUUCACAUGCCACGCGUUUGGAGGAACAUUUCUAUCCGAAUUCUUUGCAAUAUGAUUGCGUCUGCCUCAACACUUCCGAAGCCAUAGUACUCCACACAGUGGGCAUACAACGUCAAAUCAUAAGUUCCAUGGCGGAGGCCGGUCCGUCCUGUCUGUUGUCGCCCGCUAGACUGUAUACCGCGUGUUUGUCUGCGGGCUUGAUGCCGUUGUAUAGAGAUCACCAUGUGGAUAUGUCUAUGGAUGAACAAAGAAAAUUCAUUUUAUCCGUGGCGCUAGAAGCUCGUUUAUCGCAACUGCUCAAGCGAUGUGCGCAAGAGUGGGCCACCGGCACGCACGCUGGUGUUGGCUGUACACUUACUUUUUUGGUUGACUGGAGUUGGAGGCGAGCUAUUGAAUUGAAGGAAAAUGCUAAAGAACUCAUCUCACCAUUGUUCACGUCAGCUACGUUACCAGACAGGAAUGUUAUAAGAUGCCUGGAACAUUGCGUACAACAGCUGACUCAGUUGACGGGUUUACUCGAUGCGGUCUUAACGAAAUGCUGUAAUCUUGUUGUGCCUGAUGCGUUAAGCGAAAUGGAGGAAAAAUACAAAGGUAUCGGCACAGUAUCUCUAUACUUCCAAGUGGUGCAAUGGUUUCUAAGGGUCGGUCUGUUGCCGGAGCGAAACCACCCCCAUGCUGCGUUGCCGUACCCUGCGGAACAAUUGUAUGCUGUUUAUAAGAAACGUCGCGUAAAACUACAUCGCAUACAAGGAGAUACGAUAGAAGGCGAUCCAAGCUGCGUCCCUUGUCCCUUGUUAUAUGUGGACCAACUUAUACUCAACGAGUUUGGAGGGGAAGUUGUACAUAAAAUAUGGAAACGAGCCGGCAGUGAAUGUGCCGGUUUAUACCCUCCUCCAUCACUCUACGCGUUAUUACGACUCUAUCUCUUACCGGAUAUCUCUGAAGAACAUAAACAUUCGCUGCUUCUGUAUCUGCUGCUCGAUUACUCUAUGCUGUAUGAUGAUUCACAAUACGAAACGGUGAUCCGUCGUUUGAUGCAGUUCCCGCCAAUGUUCGGUCUCAGUACGACGCUAGUACGCGCCACGCAAGCCUUCUGGCAUUUGGAUCAUAGAGACUUUCAUUUUGCCCUCGACCAACUGCAAUGUCUAACAGGCAACACACUAACCGACUGGCAACACCAAGUCGUAUUAUCAUCUCUACUCGCACAAAAGAAAUCCCAAGCCGCCUUACAAUACUUACACGUUCGCAAACCGGCUCCCAUACAAAACAUGAAGAAUAACGAUAAACUGGAAGAUUGGCAGUCGUGCUGCGAUCUGUAUCUAGCAAGGGGUCUGGUGUUUGAAGCCCUAGAUGUGGUCAGAAUGUGUGUCCAAAGUGUGGUUUGUAAUGAGGAUAAGGUGCAAGUGCUGAAUUAUUUCUUUAAAGGUUGUCGUAACACGGGACAGCUAGCAAAAGUUCUACAAGUGACUUUACUACCAGUGGAAGAAGAAUGUUUUAUUAAAUAUUUGAAAGAUUGCAACGAGCCACAAACAUCUGAUAUACUGGUCAUGUACUUCUUACAACAAUCUAGAUACCUAGAAGCGGAACAAUACAACAAGCAGAUCAAAUCGAAACCCCGGUAUCGCGGCGCUCAUUCCACCGACUCGCUAACAGACGCGACAGAAAGAGACAACACUAGAGACACACUUGUAGCCGCGCUGGUGGCCGGCGUGCCGCGGAUAGCGGGCGAGGUUGCCGCACUGCUCGAUAGCGAAUAUGAGCCUCAUGUUGUCGCUCCAAAGCCGAUGUCGGUGUAUGUGAAACCAAACUCGCUUAAAAACACCUUUACCUACAAAUCUUCAUUCAUACAGGACACUAUAGAAAAUGCAAGUGAAACAUGGAUAAAUAAGCCGAAAAUGAGGAAAGGACUAAAAAGAGCGUUAAAUAUAGACGAAACACCGUUCAUUUGCACGCCUAAACUAUACAAGACAAAGAGUUAUCUCUCCGAACAAAAACCAAACGACUCCACACCGGCCAAGCGUGCCCGUCUCGAUCUAUCCCCCAAAACGCCUAAAAACAAAUCGGGCAGUAUUCAAGUUAGUCAAAAGUUGAGCGAACAGAUCGCUACACUGUUGGACAUGCCCGAUGUUGAGAGCCCGAGGUACAAACAUAACAACCGGCCGGAGACGCCGCAGAGUAUAUUGAAGAGUCGAAGAGCGGAAUGGCAAGAGAACGCAGUGUCUGUAACGGAUUUAGCGGUGGACAGUGAUGACGACAUGGACACGGCCAGCAAUCACACGCAUUACAGCGAUUCUACUAAUAAACACCUUCGUUUCACAAUACCAACACCAACGGAGUUGCCUCCAACUUCUCCUGUCGCAAUAGCUAUACAUAAAGCCCCGGAUUCGCCUGAUAAUGAGGUACAAGAACAAGACAAAACAUUGGAAUCUCCGCCAAAGAAAUUCGCGGCUGAAAGCAAGAUUAAUCCGAGAAAAUCAUACAAGGACUCCGUUAAAGGAAGAAAAUCCCUAUCAAUAUCAGCGAACAGUAGUCUAUCGGACGAUCCGAACACAUCAAUAGAGAGCAUAGCCGAUAUACCCGUAACUCUAAUAAACCCGCGUUAUUCCGGUGAAAGAAGAUUCAGCCGAACGCCAGAACCCGAAGAGCGUAAGAGAGAGACAGACAUACGUGAUCACACACGUGCGAGUGAGAUGAGGCGAUUCGGUACGGAAACGACUGAGUCAAGACGAUUUGUUACAGAGAAGAGUGAGAUAGAAAUACGGUUUGGUACGAGUGUGACAAGGACGGAUGAUGUUAUGGAGUUUAAUAGCUCAGCGGAGUUGAGUUUUGUACCGAAAACGCCUAAAGGUAGACGGAGCAUCAGGUCUGGUGUUAGUGAAAGUACACCAGUGGCUAAUAGAAGCCGCAGCGGAACUCCCGAACGUCAAGACUCACCGAUAGUUACUCCACUUCGUUCUAACAGAGCUACCAGAAGCCGAUCUCGUACGCCAGAAGUGAGCCCACGUACUUCGCCCCUGCCGGCCAUCUUGGAAGUGCCAAAAUUGGAACAUGCUGAUGAAUUAAACCCUACAGAUACAUUGUCUGUACCAUCUACUAGAAGCAGAUCGCGCACACCAGAAAGAAUAGAGAGAGUCAUGGAGUCGCCUCGUUUAGAAGUUAUCAAGGAGUCGCCUACUAAGCCUUCUGAAUCGCCCACACGUAGAAGCCUGAGAAGUCGAUCCCGCACUCCUGAGGUGGAAAUCCAAAAAGAUCAACACAUUUUAGAGAGUCCACGAAGCUUGAGGAGCCGCUCCAAAACACCAGAAAAACUAAUGUCACCCAAGAAAGACAUUACUGCCAAGAGUAAAAAAUCGCUCUCCAGAAUGGUCUUAGAAGCGAACACAUUCGCUAAAACUAAACAAAACGUAGAGACAGUCGAAUCAGAAAGUACUGAAGAUAAAUCUGAAAGUAUCAUCGAAUGUACUCCAAUGAAGGCUUCCAAACAAGGCACUAGUUUGAUGGACGUUACCUUCUCGCCUAUAGUCAACAAAUCUGUUCUACAAAGCUCCAAUGAUAGUCUAUCUGUAACAGCAGGGAAAAUAUCCAAAAUGGAUGAAAGCUCCAAUGAAAUUAAACCCCUCCCAGCGUUUACUAGCAUUCACGAAACAUUUGUAGAAAAAUCAGUGCUACACAGUUACCAAAGCAGUAUGGGUGAAACAUCUAGUAUUCAUGAAGAAAGCGUCACUCGUGCAGAAGUUAAAUCCCUACCGUUCACGACUUUCAACGAAGACGCGGGCAAAUCAGUGUUACAUAGCUUCGAGAGUUCCGUAGAAACAAGUUCGCAUACAGACAACAAGGUGGAAAAACUACCGCCUGAAAUUAAGAUGGACGAAAGUGAAUUGGGCAAAUCCGUCUUAGGUAAUGAUAGUACAAUUGAAAAACAGAUCAAUCAGUCGAGUUUAAUGACAAGUGACAGUGAUAUUGAUAUGGAUAAAAAUUGGAAAUCUCAAAUGGAACAAGAUACGGCGAGAGUUAUUCAGAAGGAAAAAGAGAAGAUUGUGGAAAUUGAGCGGGAGAUUAAUGAAAUUGAGGGGGAGAUGUCUGAUGAUGAGUGUCGGGAGGAAUCUGACUCUGGCACUGAGGUGGAAGUCGAGGUGGAGGAAGUUGAAGAGGAGGAGGAAGAGGAAAGUUCGGAGGAAGAAUCAUCAUCAUCAUCAAGCUCAGAAGAAGCUGAAGUUAUAUCCAUAAACGAUUCAGACUCAGAUUCGAAUCAACUACAAAUCCAGGAAAUAGUGGAACAAGAGGCACAGGAAAAUGUCAUAAGUGAAGAAAAUGUUGAAAAUAAUGUAGUAGUAGAAUCACCAAAUGAAACAAAUGAUAAUAAUGUCGAAGAUAAUAAACAGAGUGAAGUAGUUCAAGUUAUAGAAGUGGUUGAUGAUUUGAACCAAGCACAUGCGUCAAUGCUUACCGAUGAUAAUUCAGUCAUCGAAUCUGACCAAUCAGGGAAUCUUAAUUAUUCUGAGGAAAAAGAAGAGAAAAAUGAUAAUGAUGUCGCUAUGGAAACUGAUCAAGAUCAACAAGUUCAAGUCACGGUAUCAGUUGUAGAUGUUAUUCCUGAAACUAAAAUGAGUGAAACAAACAAAACUCCAGUAGAUAUGGAUGUUGUAGACGCCACAGCAAAGGAAACCACACAAAACGUUGAUACGAAAUUAGAAUUGGAGGAAACACAUAAAGAUUCAGAUAAGCAAGAGAAAAUAACUGAUAGUGAUGUAAAUAAAGGCACGAUAGUUGAAGAGAAACAAGAUAAAGCAGAAACACAAGCAGUUGGUGAAUUAGUUCAAGAAACGCAAAUAGAAAAGGCAGCGCCUCGCACUAGAAAGCGAUCGACGUCCACUAAAUCUCAAGAUAUUACUGAUACAACUGAAAUUGCUACAGAAAAUCCAAAGCAACAGUCCAGAAAAGGCUCAACAACAGAUACUGACAAAGAUCUUGAACCAAAAACGCCACGCAAACGCACCACGUCAGAGAAAAACGACCAGAACAUUCCAGAAACGCCUGAAGAUUCGCCCAGACGUGGUCGACGAUCCAGAACACCAAACACAGAAAUAAGAAAGAUUCUUACCAGACGGGCAUCUAGAGAAUUAUCCGAAAAGGACGAUGAAUUAAUGCCGUUAGAAGAAUUAACUCCACGACGUCGAACAAGAGGUAGUAACAAAAAAGAUGACGAUACAGCUAGCGUUGCUUCGGAAAGUUCGGGAAAGUCAGCAAAGAGUAAAGCUAGUGAGGACGGAGAUAGGAGCGUAAGGAAAGGAAGGAAAUCCAUAUUGAACACUAAAACCGAUUUGUCUGUGAUACCGGAAGCGCCCGUUGAAGACGCGAAUAAGGAUAGUCAAGAUGUUAACGAAUAUUCCAGUGCUAGACGAUUACUCCGUUCCCAAAAAGCCGUAUUAGAGACGGUUCAAGCGAAAUCGCCUGGUCGUCGGCGAAGGCCCUCGCAAGAAGCGUCUACUUCGAUGGACGUACAAACUAUACAUCCAAUUUCACUUCUAGAUAAAUCUGAUUUUGAGGGCACGCCCGAUCCCGAAGAGUUUCAGAAUUCACCCGAUUCGCUCGUUUCCUCCGCUAGUAAACCGACACGUCGUAUAAGUCGCGCCGCAUCAGAAACUAAAACGAUAGUGAAACCCGCCAGAAUCAGUCGCAGGAUCUCCGCAGAUGUCUCGAUAAGCAGUCCAGUAGCAGGCUCCCCGCUAGCGGACCCCGACACGCCCACACGCGGGCGCAGAGCGUCGUUCACACGCGCGUGCCAAGCGAUACACACGCCCAAGCGGAGGACUUCUACCGAUGUUAAGAAACGCGACGCCGACAGCAAGGCGGGCUCGCCCGUGACGUCAGAGCGGGGCACGCCCACACGACGCAAUUCGCAACUAUAGUUUCAUUGGUCUCGGGAGAAAAUCUACAGGAAGCGUGUUAAUAAUGUUAAGCAAAUGUAUGGAAUAGGAUAAUUAAUUUUUAAUUUUAUUUGUUUUUUCAUUUUUAAUUUUUAAUAUACAAUACAAUUAUUAAAAA